AUGGCGAAGGACUCUCCAGCGAAGUCUGAUUCGCCGGAAAACGAGGAUGCAGGCAACGAGAAAGUGUUCAAAAAAUUCUCCUCUGUGCUGUCGUCGGUGUGGAACACUGGGGACAAUGGAGAAGAGGAGGCUGGGGCCAUUAGCGAAGGAGAGGAGGUGAACGAGGCGCCAGAAGAGGCCUCAGAAGAGGCGCCGCCCAAGGCAAUCAAUUCAAUGGGUAACGGGGAUGCGACAUUGGACGAUUUUUCCAGUUCGGAUGAAGGUACGGCCGACAGCGAGAGCGAGGGCGACGAGCCAGGUGGCAGUAGCAAGCCGUUGACGAUCAAGGACGUGCUCCCACAGCAGCAGCUGGCUUCGAGCAAGAGAAAUGCCGAGUUCCACAAGGCUUUCCCCAAAAUUCCCGCCAGCGAGCCGCUGAUUGAGGACCAUUCCUGCGCGCUUUCGCGAGAUAUCUUGACUCAGGGCAAGAUGUACAUUUCCCCCCACUACAUUUGCUUCUAUUCUAAUAUUUUAGGAUGGCAAGUUUCCGAGACGAUCAAUUUGAGCCAAGUUGUUGAAGUGCAAGCGAAAUCAACCUUUGGCGUUUUCCCUAAUGGCCUGACCAUUGUGACGCUGCAUCAGCGGCAUACUUUCGCAAGCCUGCUUAGUCGUGACGGGGUAGUGGACCUGAUCACCAAGCUUUGGAAGUCACCGUUAAAUAAACAGACGCCAGAAGGUGGAAACCAGAGCGGGUCGAACGGAGAGGACAACAUGGCGGACAAUAGUGAUUACUCGGACAACGAAGACACCAACGGCGACGGCAAGGCAAACGGCACUAGCAGCAACAAGUGGCCGGUUGCUAAUCUGGGCCCGGGCACCAACAAGCCCACAGAGCUGCCCGACGUUGACCCCAAAGAGAAAAUUGUUGCUAACGAGAGUAUCAACGCCCCGGUCGGCGUGGUGGCCAAUCUUAUUUUCGGCAAAGACACCAAGUGGUACCGAAGGUUGCUGGCCGACGUAGAAAAGAACCGCGACGUGCCCGAGAUCCCGCAAUUCAAGGUUGACGGUGGCAAGGAAAAGCGCAAGUACGAGUAUAUCAAACCCCUGAAUGCUCCAGUGGGCCCCAAGCAAACAAAAUGCUUGUCCACAGAGACCAUCGAGGACUGGAACCUCAAGGGCCUGGUCACGGUCAUCACUGAGACCCGUACGCCGGACGUCCCCUCGGGCAAUUCUUUCACCACAAUGUCCCGUGUGAACCUUGCUUGGGGACCAAAUAACACCACAAAGUUCAGGAUGUCCACUUGGAUCGAGUGGACCGGCAAGUCCUGGAUCAAGGGUGCGAUUGAAAAAGGAGCCCUUGACGGACAGGUUUCGUAUGCCAAGAACCUGGUCAAAGAGAUCAACGCAUCUUUGAUGGGCGGCAAGAAGGCCAAGUCUAUGAAAAUCAAAAUGUCCGGCAAAGAGGACAACGCCGGCCAGAUUGCCGAAGCCGACGAGCAUGUCGAAUCGCCGGGCGUGCUGGGCAAUCUCAAUUGGUUCUACAUCUCGAUCUUCCUGCUCAUUGUGGUCAUUGUCUUGGCUGUUAUGUUCUUCCGCGGUCGUCACGCCGGUGGCCUUGAUAAUAAACUGCGCUCUAUCCAGGAAGAGUACUAUCUUUGGCAAUGGAUCGAUGGGCGCAUGCCGGUCACAUCGGUCCGCCACCAGGACUUUGCUCGCGCAGACAUCGAAGAGGCUAUCCGCGUGAUGGAAACCCGCCUCCUCAAGCUUAAGGGCGUUUUAUCUAACUAA